AUGGUAAAGGCAAUUCAAAUUGGAAUUCUGUUAAAUGAAUUCUAUAUGCAGCAUAUACUUACAAUUGAUGGUCAAUUUUGCUUUAUGAAAACCCAAAUAGCUGUAGUAGAAAGAGAUUAUUUACCUAUUUUUGAAUCAGUUAAUACUGAAAUAUAUAGUGAAGAUAAAAAAUCUGGUAAAGUUGAUAAUAGAAAUUCAAUAGAACAACCAAGUAUAAAUUUGGCUUCUCAUACUCUUCGAAUAGUUAAAGAUUGUCUUAUUUAUUGA